UAGAUUCAACAAAACGUAACUUGUCAAAAUGAGUAUGAAUCCACUUGUCGAAUGUAAGAGUAGAGUCACACAAAAGUUGCAUACUCUUCAAUUGCUACACAUACACCAGCCUUCAUAUAUAAAUUGUAACAACUCUUUCGACUUGGAAUUGUCUUCUUAUUCAGAGCAUUUGGUCUUAUAUCAUCUCUUGCUAGUACAUUAAUUUAAUAUAAAGUUUUAAUUCUCUGCUGAUUUACCAGAAUAUACAACAUAAAAAAUAUAUACUGCACUUCCGUUUGGACUAUGAAUUUUCUUCGGCUGCUUCAUAUCAUAUCAAAUAUCAUAACUACAAAAAAAAAAAAAUAACGACUCUCAACUAUCAAUUUUACGAGGUUUAACUCUAUAUAUAUAGUAAGAUAUUUAAUUUUCUUAGCAGCAAAGUGUAUCUGAUCGUUCUCUAUAACUAAUUAGUCACCCUUAGCUUGCAUUGGCUUCUUCAAUUUCUUCCACUCAAUGUUUUCAUUUCUGUAUUAUCUGCUUCUUCUUGCAAUUCCUCUAAUGGCAGUAGUGAUAUUUCAUCACUUAAAGAAACAACAACACAAAAGAACCACUCUACCACCAGGUCCUAAACCACUUCCCAUAAUCGGAAACCUCCACCAACUCGACAGCUCCAACCUCAAUCUCCAACUAUGGAACCUCUCAAAGAUCUACGGCUCCAUAUUCUCCCUUCAAAUAGGGUUCAAACCAGCCAUAGUUAUCUCCUCACCGAAACUCGCAAAGGAGGUUCUCAAAGACCAUGAUCUUGACGUUUCAAGCAGACCUCCGUCGCUCGGAACCACUAGACUCUCUUACAACGGUUUCGAUUUGAUUUUCUCUCCAUGCAGCGAGUACUGGAGAGAAAUCAGGAAGAUCUGCGUCGUUCAUUUCUUCAGCUCCAAGCGAAUCUCUGGAUUCUACCACAUCAGAAAAUCUGAAGUGGAAAGAAUGUUAGGCAAGAUAUCAGAGCACGUGAGUUCUUUGAAAACCACGAAUCUGAGUGAGAUAUUGAUGUCCGUGUCGAGUUCUAUAGUGUGCAGGAUUGCGUGCAGAAGAAGAUACGAAGUUUAUAUGGCAAGAAACCAUUCAUAGAAGAUGAAAAUAUUGAAAAGCUUGUUUAUCUGAAAGCAGUGAUCAAAGAAACAUCAAGAUAUUAUGCACCUGCACCAUUGGUAC